AUGGGAACAAAACAGACUCACAUCCAUGAAGUCCAGCAGACCGGCCUCCUGCUGGGAGCCGCUCUGCUCUCGGUUCUGCUGUGCGGCCCGCAGCUCGUGGCCUCAGACUCAGACGAGCUGCUCCUGACCGAGUGGGAGAUCUGGAAGAGCAGCAAUGGCAUAGCCUAUGACGAUAUGGACGAUAUGCAAAGGCAGAUCAUCUGGGAGGAGAACAAACAGAUGAUUGAAAAUAAUAAUCAAGGGUUUUUCAGGGGGAUGAGGCCGUUCACUAUGCGCAUGAAUAAAUACGGAGACCUGACUAGACAAGAGUUCCGGGUUUUGCAAGGUGCCGUGAUAGACUCCCAAUUUGUGAAGAGAGGGAAGACCGUCUCGAGCCGCAGCCUGCGCAACGCUGCUAAGAAGUUAGAUGCUAUGGUUGUCGACUACAGAAACAUGGGCUAUGUCACUGAGGUGAAAGACCAGGGUUACUGUGGCUCGUGCUGGGCCUUCAGCACCACGGGAGCUAUUGAGGGACAAAUAUACAAGAGGACAGGUCAGCUUGUGUCUCUGAGUGAACAGAACCUGGUGGACUGCUCCAGAUCUUAUGGUACCUAUGGCUGCAGUGGUGCCUGGAUGGCCAACGCCUAUGACUACGUGAUCAAAAACGGCCUUCUGCCGACAAACUCCUACCCAUACACCUCAGUGGACACCCAGCCCUGUUACUACGAUAGCAGACUUGCAGUGGCACAUAUCAAAGACUACAGGUUCAUACCGAAAGGAGACGAGCAGGCUCUAGCUGAUGCCGUGGCAACUAUCGGCCCAAUCACAGUCGCCAUUGACGCGGAUCAUUCAAGCUUCUUGUUCUACAGCUCAGGAAUAUAUGAUGAGCCCGCCUGUAACCCUAACAACCUGAGUCACGCGGUGCUGCUGGUGGGCUACGGCUCUGAAGGAGGCCAGGACUACUGGAUCAUCAAAAACAGUUGGGGUAGCAGUUGGGGUGAAGGCGGCUACAUGCGGCUGGUCAGAGACGGCAGUAACACUUGUGGCAUCGCGAGCUACUCCUUGUACCCUAUUCUAUGAGUCUGAUGAGAUGAUUUUUUGCAAAUGUUGAACUUUUCCACUGGACUUUCACGUUUUUAUGUUUUCUAUCUGCAACUCAUUAUGAACCUUUCCGACACUUUGCUUUUCUCAGGGACGUGCUACACACACCAAUUUGUAUGUGGAUUUGUAAGUUAUGACACACACACAUUAGUCAACCGUUUAAGAUAAUGGUGGCUUAUUUUAGCAAAUGUUACACAUUACAGAGUCAGAUCACUGAUUCAUGGUUCUUCUCAAUUUGAGCUCAAGGUAGCUAUAUGAUAAUUUAUACUCAUAAGAGGGUUCCUCAUUUAGUUUUCAUAGAGUCCUAUGUUCUUGAUAAAAGAAGGUGGGAGAUUCAACCUAUUGACCCUGGGAAAUAUACAUUGCUGAGCCUUUGGAUAUUUCCUCAUUGCGUCAUAUUAUGAAGGGAUUAAACUGGAGAACAUAAAUAUGAUCCCCACAUAGCCACAAUCCAAUUUUACAAAAGUUUCAUAAUUGGGCUUUAAAUACUCAUUCAUUAUUGUUGUAAGAGACAAAAUGUACUUUGUCUCAGGUACAUUUAAUACAAAAUAAAGUACAAUUUUGAAUUCUGCAACAUCUCUCACUCUUUGAUAUAUUAGUUUACAGUAACACCUAUAAUAAGGGGUGACUCAAUUUUAAAUUGAGCCUCAAAUUGAAUGUGUCUGAAAUGUAAAUGGUGCUUUGUAUUUUUUUUGUGCAUGUGUUUUCUACCAUUUUAAACAACUUCUGAUCGGUUUUCUACUGGGUCAACUAAGUAUCCUAACUU